AUGACAGUACAUACAGAAAAGACAAUUUACGAUGACUAUGAAAUUACAGAUAUUAUUGGAGAGGGAACAUUUUCGACAGUUACUUUAGCAUAUCAUAAAAACACAUUAGAGAAAUAUGCAGUAAAGAUUAUAGACAAGGAAUUUUUGAAUAGCCAUCGACGAGAGAUGGUGGAUUGGGAGAUAUCGAUCCUCUCGAAAUGCGACCACCCUAGUAUUGUCGAUGACGACGAGUCUACCGUCUAUCGACUCGUCUCACAGGGUACCUGGGAGUUUCCUCCCAACACCACCGUCAGCGACGACGUCAAAGACUAUAUCGGCAAGCUCUUGGAGCAAGACCCGUCUAAACGUCUAACUGCAAAACAAGCUCUCUCCCAUAAAUGGAUGGGAGAUUCAAACUACUACAACAACAACCAUAACUACAAUUCCACACGUAUCAUAGAAAUAGAACCAUCAUCUUCAGUAUUACUACCUACAUCAAAUCCAGUAUCAUCAUCAUCAUCAUCACAACAAUGUGGUCUAUCGUCAUCGUCGUCGUCGUCGUCGUUAUCGUCGUUAUCGUCAUCAAUGGCACCAGAUCUCCAUAUUAUCGAAUCAUUCCUAACUCCACAAAAACCAGAAUUCAUUCCCACAUCUAUACGAUCAUCUUUACAAAGAUCUUUUGAACAACAUAUGCAACAACAACAACAAAUUAUGCAGCAACAAACUAACAAUAUUAAUAACAGCAAUAACUAUAAUCAACCAGAAUCAAUACCACAUAUGAGACUAAGUUCUCAGAGUAAUUCAACUUUAUCUCUUUCAUCAUCUUCUUCUUCGAUACGAAAUUCCAACAGUACGAGUAGUAGUAAUCUACUCAAAUCACCUAUUCGAAAUUCUAGUAAUCAAACAACAAUUCCUUUGUCGCCCCAAAAGUCUUCACAACCUAUAUCUAUACAAAACUCUCAUUUAAGAAACAGUUUAAACUCUUCAGUUGAUGCUUUUAGAACAAACAAUUCACCAACAAUGUUUAAUAAUCCAAAUGUCUAA